GUGCAAUGAAGAGUAUUCAGCUGGGACGAAAGCUGCAAAGGUUGAGGCGUGAGGCUCUUUUGCUUGAGCUCAACUCCAAGCCGAAGCCGGAGGUUGCAGGGAAGGAGGAGGUGAAGGUGGAUCCCAAGUUUGAACCCAAGCAGGAACUUGAAUCUGUGGUUGAUGAACCCAUGGUUGACGAACCCAUGUGGAAGGAGGAGGAGUGUGAGGAGGUUACGGAAGAGGCAGUGCCACCGAAGCAGUGGCAAGCCUCCUCCCGUGUGCUCAUGAAGUUGUGGAAAAUUAAGGCAGAUCUGGAAUUCAAGAAGAGGCGGCCUGAGUUCCAUGAUGAGUACAAGUCACCGAUCAAAGCUGCUGAAUGGAAGAACCGCAGCAUCAAGAAGCCAAGCCGCUGCAACGGAUUUGACAAACACUGUCAAGAGUCAGUACUUGAAUCGUUCCGUGUCAGCAUUCUAAAGGGCUUGGUCUUCGGCUCUUGCAAAGGUGGGGUGAGCACCUGGUUUAGGAUCAAGGGCUCGGUGGAGGUGGAGCUGUAUUGCCCCAGCGUGGCCACUCUCACGAAACUUGGCUAUGAAGACACUCCCCAGAUGGAUCUGCCAGUGGUGGCCAACGUGAAUGACUAUUUGGUGGGCUCAAAGGCCUUGGAAAUCAAAGAGGAGCAGACAGACGAUGCGCAGGCCGCUGAGGCCGUUGACAUUGAUGACGAUGAUGACGAUGAUGAAAAUGAAGAGGAAAGGCCUCGUGAGAUCCGCGCCCCUCCUUGGAGAGUUGCUACACCGCCUGCUCCACCAGCUUUUCCUCCCCCCCCACCUGCCAUCUUGCCGCCGCCACCAGCAGUUCCGCGAGCUCCAGCAAUUCCGCCAGCUCCAUCAGUUCCCAUGCGAGUGGCCACAGAAUUCCCCUUCCAAUUGCCGCCCCCAGCAUUCCAAGUUGUGCCACCUGUGCCAACUGUGCAAGUGCCAGCGGAUGUGUAUGCCAGACUGGCACAGCUGGAGAUGAGCUUGCAUCACAGGUACCUGGGCCAAGCUGUUGCAGUCUGGCGCUCACAGUGCCCCCCUCUUCGCAUUGCAGUCUGGUUCAAAGUCACCCGAAACACUUUGAAGGAACUAGCUGCUUGUGGCAUUUGUGUUGACAAUGCCCGUGAUGCGACGACCUGCUGCUUCCACCUCUUCUUCGAAGGCACCAGCCAAGCGACCAGCAUCGGCCAAGCGUUCUGCUGUGAAGCCGCCAGCGGGGAAGAAGAUUGGGUCUAUGGGUUGGCAAAGCACAUCAUGGAUGUCUCUCCCGAGAUUUCCGGCCGAAUCUCUUGCGAGCUGACACUCAUGAGCGAUUGCGCAGGAAUGAGCAGUGAAACAUGGGCCAUUACGCAGGUCUUUGAGCAAUUGCGCAAGAUCUCUGAGGGGAACUUGUACUUCCGCGCAAAGCUUGAAAGUGCAUGUGACAGGGACUCAAAAUGCCAAGAGUUUCUGCAGAAGCUGAAGCCAAAGGUGAUUAGUGCUGAUGUGACCCAGCGGGUCCUCACCGACGAUGGUGAACUCAAGGAUCUGAACAUCUUGACGAACAUGUGGGAAAAGAGAGGAAAGGGCAAAGGCUUUGACGAUGAGAACUCAAAUCCGUUCUUUUCAUCUGUUCACACCAUUGCUGUGAAGAAACCCAAAUGCUUUGUCUUGGAGUGCGUCGACACUAUGGCUGUGAAAAGCACCAACGAGCUCGGGGAGUCGAACGACCUGAAAUUUCUGGAGUCCUUCCUCACAGAAAAGCUUGAGGGGUACACCUUUGUUACUUUGCAGCACCGCUCGCCAGUGAACUUCGGCUUCCCCAUGCUUCGACCUCGUUUUUAUGUUGUGGGUGCCCACGACUGUCAGGUCCCAAAGGACAAAAUCUUGCAGGAGCUGAACCGGGCAUGUGCCGCACUGGCAGCUGACGUGAUGCCAGACUUUCUGACAUUCUUGAACUUGAGGCAUGCUUUCGCAACCUUGGGUGAGAUCCAGCAAGAUGAGUACUUGAAAAAAACGUUGCCAAACUUGAAUGUCAAAGAUGAGCUGGACCGUCUGUGCAACCUUUCAGCACUUGGAUUUCGGGAUGAUGGGGUGGUGCCAACUGUUUGCACAACAUCCUCGUUGUGGGUCUUUGCUCUUGGCCGUGAGCUGAAAGCUGCUGAGUUUGCUUGCCUUUUCGGCCACAAGGGCACACCUUUCGGUGGGCAGACCGAAGCAGGUCUGAAGUACCUCUUGGGCAAUUCCAUGCACCUGGCCGAGGCUUGGGCCAUGGCUGCCAUGCCUGAUGACGUCCCAGGCAUCAAGUCACCUGUGCGGACCCCUGACGACAUCAAGGCCGCGCUGGGUAACAGUGUCUUGGAGUCUUGGAAUGGAAAUCCUAGCACUGUUGGGGCACUGGUCCCAACGAUUCAGAUCAACAGUGACCUGUGGACCAGCGAGAAUGCUGAAGGGCUUGUGAUUGCAGCUGUUGUGCUGCUUGCCUACUGGACCAAAGAGCAAGAGCAUGUCAACUACUGGGUGGUCAAAGCGUUGACUGACGUGGUCUUUGAGUUUGUAUCUUGUGGAACCGGUUCCAGCUUCGACCUUGCCAAAUUUGGCAUUGUUGAGAAGGAAGAGCGGGAUCGCAAGGUAAUUGGCUUGAGCGCUGCCAACAAGUGCAUCAUUUUGUCAGAAAUGGUGGGUGGCAUGGCCACUGAAAUGGGUAAUGCUGACAACGAAGAAGCUGCCAUUGUCAAGAACAAGGACACAACCACUCGAUACAGCCAACUUGGGAAGAAGCUGAAGAACAUGCCGGACCUCAGGGAUGCCAUGGUGCUCAAGGCGAUCUUGGUGAGACGAGACUACAUCACACACUUGAAGGGAAUUUUUCCAAAAAUGUCUGACUACUUGACGGACUAUGGCACUUUUGCUUGGUUCACUACGACAUACAGUGUGGAUGAGUUUGGCAACAGCUUGGGCAACAAGGCCCCCAUGGACGACGAUGAGGAUGAAGAUGCAGCCGAGAAAGCUCCUCACGGUGAAGAGCCUGUUGAUGAACAGCUCAAGACCAUUUUGGCCGAGAUCACAGGGAAAUAUGAAAAAGAUUUCCCACAGCCAACAGAGAGCACUGAUGUCCACAAGACCACUCACCAAGACUUGGAAGUCAUCAGAACGGCCCGUGUCGCCGACCGGUCUGAAUACGACAUGGAAUUGGCCAACUACCUCAAAAAGCUUGAGGAAAACGAACUGGACCAAGUGAAGGAAUAUAUCCUUCAUCGGGUGGCUUUUGUGGUCAGCGAGCUGGACAAUGACCUGCCGGCCAAAAUCUGCAAGCAGAAUUUGGCCAGGGAAGCAAAGCGCAAGCUUUGCGUCUACAAUGUUGAGUGUGAUGGGUGCACUUCAUGGUCCCAAGUGAAACAGCGGCGGCUCAACCCCUUUGGUGGAGUUGGCCCUGGUGUUUCAAAGAGUCGGCUUGUGGAUGCUUUGAAGGUCCGGUCGGCUUUGGACGUGGUGAAGCAAGAGUUGACCAAGCUCACCGGCGCCAAGAAGCACACCAUGGUUGUUGGCCAGAUCGAGCCAAGUGCAUCGGAUAGCUUGCAGCGCUUCAAGAGGGGCCGCAAAGCUUUUGGCUCUCGCGUUGAAAGCAGGUUCGUUGCAACGUCGGUCCAGGGUAUUGCCAACGCCAAGUGUGGGGCGAUGACAUACCUGGAAGGCGACACGUUUUUCAAUCGCUGGCCGGUCAAGUUGAUUCCAGUGAGCGACCUGAAACAGCUCGAAGAGCAAGCGUAUGAAAAAAUGUGGGAAUCAGACGUUACGGCUGACCGUGAGAUGGCCGAAGAUGGAGCGGAUGAUGGUGGAAUGGGCAUUUCGAUUGAUGAGAGCAAGGUAAUUCCCUACCCGCACGAACAUCACUGGACGUUGUGCCAAGAGUUCCUCGAGGUGUUCGGAGGGGCCAGUGGGACUACUUUGAUCGACCUGUCGGUGGGCUCUGGGGCCAAGCUUCUUGGCGUUCUCCUUUCCAACGGUCGCGCGGUUGGAGUUGUGAGGUCCCAGAACCACCGCAAAUGGGUGAUGCAGAACCUGGUUGACUGGGUCAAGCAAAAGCGGCUGGUGAACGUUACAUCGCUGCCCAAACCUCAGGUUUUGCUUGACUUUGAGAAGACCCAUGGUGUCAGCCCGGCUCCAAAGCCCGUGGCAAAGCCGAAGCCUGCUCCGAGCCCAACUCAGUCCCCGCCGAUUCCAUCACCGGCCUCGUCAGCAUCAGAGACUCCGGCUGGCACGGCCUCGCCAGCACCACCUGUGAGUGGCAAGAACCUCUUGGCCGCCUUUGGAAAGGUCACUGCGGAGAGCUCCAUGGACUACAAUCCGGCAAUCCAAAACCAAAGAAGAGAAGAUCAGGGCGUGUCGCAAAGUGGGUUGAUCCCUGUGGCUUUAGUAAAUGACCACCACUUCUGGGCCUUGAAACCUGACGAAGCUGAAAGCAAAGAGGAUGACCACGCAGGUCUUGCCGAGUACCCAACAAGUGCAGGCAUCGACCCUUGGCUUGAACAUGGAGCAGCCCAGGAGAUGCAACUCAUUGAGUGCCUUUCAUCUUGGAAGCCUUUUGAUGAACCAACGCAUGAUUUGGUUGAAGUCUUCACUGCGCUGUGUGAUGCUGGCGCAGCCGCAAGCUCUGACGCAGCACGCGCCCGGCAAAUGGCUUUAGCUGAGCUGUCAAAACAAGAUGAAGCCUACCUUGCUCUCCCCCAAGAGAAGAAAUACCAGCGCGCGGAGCGGGCACUUCGCGCCUGCAAAACAAUCCUUGGUUCUGAUUGUCCCAUGUUGUUCAACCAAAGCCGUGCAGCUCGCAUGAGACACUCUUUGCGAUUCCAAGCCUAUUGUGACUUAGCAAAUAUCAGCAAGGCAAUCAGCGAAGAAUGUUCCAAAGGCAAAGCCUCCCACGAAUGUCUCUGUCUUUUCAGGCAGACACCGCAGCUUGUGAGAAAUUUUCGGUUGCUUUGGGCCAGCUUGCCAAAGCCUGAACGUUUUGAGAAACUCAUCAAGUUCAUGAAGGACACAGAAGGUCACACAAGCACAUUUCGUUUCUUGGGAGUGUCUGCGUGCCAGAAAGCAUUCCAACUGUUGACGGGCGUCUCUUCCAAAGUGCUGCAGAACGCUCGGGAAGCAAUCCAAAAGAAACAAGUUACUGCCCUCAACAGGGCUGAACUUGGACAAUGGUUAGAGAUCCGGAAUGCUCCCCGGGCACCCAGGUACUUGGACGCACGAGCCUGGUUGGAGAAGCACGCUGAGCUGUAUGGCGAGCAAUCACCAAUGACAGGAUGCACAUAUCUUCCAUGGGGUCGCAGAAGUGAAUACUAUGCCCUCUACCUUUUUGAGCGAUCCCUAGAUGGGGACUUGGCCCAUCUGGAUGGCCAGGCGGCCGACCAGAAGACUUUCAUGGCAGCAUGGCGGUGUGAGGCAUUCCAUGUGCAGAUCGCUUCUCGCACCAGCAUGUUUGUAGCUUGUGCUGCCUGCAAGUUCUUGCAAGGUUUGAUAGCAGGAACUGGUCGUGAGCAGGAUGCUUUGCUUCAAGCUCUUCGGUAUCGGCUGGGCAGACAUUACUCCUUCCAAGCUAGCCAAAGGCUGGCAGAUGAGAAACUCACGGAAGGGGCAAGGCGGUCAAUUCCGCUUAUGAAAACUGGGCACGUCAUGGUCAUCGGGCUGGUGGCAUCCAUUUGGUCUGGCACUGGUGGCCAUGACGACUUGACUUUCACAACUACCUGGGAAGAUAGCAAACAUGGUGGGAAUAUGCAGUCGGCAUUUUCACGUGUGAAGGCUGCACUGCUUGGCAAGAGUUAUUUGUCAGACAUGGCCAAGAUCAUCAUGGACUCUCUACCAAGCUACAACAUUCGUUGGAAUCACUUGGCGGCAUCUCUCAACUUUGAAGGUCUUCGGUCACUGCUGGGCAUAGAUUGCCACAACCUGAGAAACGUUCAUGACCUUGAGCUCUUCAGGUCGGAGGGUGGAAUUUUCUGCAGAUGGAAGCAGUACAUGAGUGAUGAUGUUUGGUCGAAGCCUCGGUUGCUAGUACGUCCAGAGCACAUCCAUGUUGUGGCAAAGGCUGUGCCAGACCCAAUCCAACACUCUUUCUCUGAUACUCAAAAAGCGAAGUUCGAAGACUUCUUGAACAAAUUUGAGAUGCUGAUGGCUUCAACCAACAUGCUGGGAGAGAAAGAGAAGGAAGGCAUGAAGUGGCUGAAAAAACACACAUCCACCGACAUGGGUUAUGUGAUGCCGCUGAAGCAAAUGAUCUCCGAAAUUGAGAUGGCAAACCGUGGAACUGCGUGCAGAACUAUGGUGGACACUCUCCACGAAGUGCCUGCUGACAUUCUGUACGCCAACUGCCCAGGAGCUGACAUUCCAGGUCUUCCAUUGGAAAGCUUGAUGACGGUGGAGACCACCCAUGGAUCAGAGAAUGUUAUGCCAGCUCUUGACCUGUGCUGUGUCAACAUGGACUUCGUGAUUGUGAAGCAUAAGCACGGGAAGCUCAAGUUCGUUCUCGGCCAAGUGAUCGACAUAGACCAUGAAGAGCAGUCUGCAAUUGUCGAAUGGUGGCAUCCUGAGAUGGCUAAGGAGGCCAGCAUGCGUCAAGGAAGGAAACGCCAAAUACUGGACGUUUUUGGACCCUGGGUCCCCAGCGAGCAAGUGGUCGUGCAAAACCUGGAGCCAUUGCCCCCAUCGGUGAUCAGCUCGGAAAAAGUCCUCUUGUGGGGGUUUGAGCUUGAAGAAGAGAACAAACUUCCCUUUUCCGUCUUUGAUCGCCUCAUGGAAGAUGGCAUUGAUGUUGCAAUGGAUGAUGAGAUAGCCAGCAGAGAGGAAGAGAAGAUCGAAAAGAAAAAGAAUAGGAAGGAGAAGGAGAAAGAUAAGAGGGAAAAGAAAGAAAAGAAGGCGAAAGGAGCGGAGAAAGAGAAGAAGGUAAAGAAAGAUACGGAAGAGAAGAAAGAGAAGAAAGAGAAGAAAGAGAAGAAGGAGAAGGAAGACAAGGAAGAGAAAACAGAGAAGAAAGAUGCAGCAGAGGACAUGAAAAUGGUGAAGGUCUGUGUGACCGACAUCUUGAAUGAGGAUGACAACAUGAAGCUGGGGGAUCUGAGGCAGCAGGUUCAGCUGAAGUUGUUUGGCAAGUUCAGCUGUGACAUCAGAACCCUCAACGCUUAUGUUGAUUCAACGGUUGCCCACUUAAAAAGGAAACAGGCUGCCUCGGAUUCCCCAAGCAAACGUGCCUCACCGAAGCCAAUUUUCAUGAGGAG